AUGCAUUUCUUUUCAAUUCUAUUAGCCGCUGGCACGGCGAGCCUUGCCCUAGCAGCUCCCAUCACAGACAAGAAGAAGCGUGUUUCCAAGUUUCAAUUCUUCGGCGUGAACGAGAGUGGCCCAGAAUUUGGAAACACGAACUUGCCUGGAGCUUUGGGUAAAGAUUAUGUGUGGCCAACUUUGAGCACAAUCGAUACCUUCGUCAACCAAGGCUUCAAUACUUUCCGCAUCAACAUUAUGAUGGAGCGUAUCAUUCCCAACUCGAUGACUGGCUCAUUGGACGCCACCUAUCUAGCGGACCUUAAGACGACGGUUGAGUAUAUCACGAACAAAGGAGCCUAUGCUCUGAUUCUCCCACACAACUACGGCCGCUACUAUGACAACAUCAUUACCGACACGUCCGGCUUCGAAGCGUUCUGGAAGACCCUUGCUGGAGCCUUCUCAAACAACAGCAAAGUAAUCUUUGACACCAACAACGAAUUCCACGACAUGGAUCAAUCCCUCGUCGUGCAACUCAACCAAGCCGCCAUAAACGGCAUUCGAGCUGCCGGCGCCACCUCUCAAUAUAUCACCGUCGAAGGCAACGACUGGACAGGCGCUUGGACUUGGACUACCGGGCAAAACGGCGCCACCAUGGGCGCGCUCACGGAUCCCAACAAUAAGCUCAUCUACCAGAUGCACCAGUACCUCGACAGCGACGGUUCCGGGACCAGCGCAACCUGCGUGUCGAGCACUAUUGGCAAAGAGCGCCUGGUUGCGGCAACGCAGUGGCUCAAGUCGAAUGGCAAGAAAGGCAUCAUUGGUGAGUUUGCUGGUGGUGCGAACAGCCAGUGCGAGACAGCUGUGCAGGGCAUGCUGAGCUACAUGCAGCAGAACAGCGACGUUUGGCUGGGUGCUCUGUGGUGGGCUGCGGGACCUUGGUGGGGAGACUAUAUCUUUUCUAUUGAGCCGACCUCUGGAACGGCGUAUAGUGCGUAUAUGAGUACGUUGACCGCCGCAGAGUAGGUGUUGAAGGAGUACGGUUGAGGCUGGUGUAGCCGGGCAACGCAUAUGGAGGGGUUCGAUCAAAAAUGCUAGGAAAUAGACUUCGCUUCUGUAAUACUAUCGCCGUCUUGGUACCAGCGU